AUGGCUACGUCUGAACAUAUUCGACUGCUCUCUAUUGACGGAGGAGGUCUUCGGGGAUUGUCAGCUAUCAUGGUUCUCAAACACAUCAUGGCGAAAAUAAACCAUGAUCGGGCAGAUAAACUCCAGCCGUACGAGGUAUUCGAUCUCAUUGGUGGUACCGGAGUGGGUGGACUUAUUGCCUUGAUGCUCGGUCGACUCCACAUGUCAUUGGACAAAGUGGAAGAGGCAUACAUAGAGCUUCUGGGCAAAAUCUUCCACAGCUCCGAGGUUGUGCGGAAGCUGAGUGACCACAUGAGCCGGGACCUUGACACUUCAUAUGAAGUUGCUCAGGAGGUUCAAGCACUAAGCAAAGUUGAAGCGGAAUUUCGAACGGAUCCCGUAAAAGUGUGGCUGAAUGACUUGUUCCGGAGAAUGAGAUGGAACCGCGAUGGUGAGACAGAGCUGCUAAAAGACCCUGACCUCGAAGUCCCGUGCAAGACGUAUGUGAAUCCUUCGGCGCAGAUUCCUUCCUCCUCAAAUGCUAAUUCGCUUUACAGCUUUUUGACUGCUUGGCACACGGGGGAUAUCAGUCCACAGAUGCUGAGAACUUACAGGAAUGCCGAAUAUCAACAACCGGAGUUCCAUAAACUGAAGAUGUGGGAAGCCGCAUGCGCGACAGUUGCAGCCGGCCCUGGCUUCGUCCCCUUCCGCGAUGAAGAAGACAAACACUUGCCCCGUCACAACUACACAAAGGUGCCUCUGCAAUGGAACAACCCAAUAAACCUCAUGUUUUGCGAAGCCCAGGAGCUUUGGAAGGACAAGAAGUUCUUAAUACUCAGCAUCGGUACUGGAGCUGCUCCGAAAGGCAAGACUGAUCUGGAAGAGGCCUUUCAUGAGGCAGAAAAGGUGGCAGAUGUUUUUGAGCAUAUGAUACGCCACCAGCAUCCCUAUUACAGAUUCAAUGUCGAAGAAGAAAUGGAUAAGAUCGGCUUGGCAGAGCUCCAAGAAGGCCCUGAAAUAGCACGAGCGGUCGACGACUAUCUCAGCAGACUAACAGUGGAGCCAAGACUUAAUGAGUAUGUUGAGGCUAUCAUGUCUGAAGAACGAAUGAAAGGUAUUGUUUUAAAAUUGUCCCCAAUUGAAAGAUAUGCUGCGAAACGGAAGCUGACAAAGAUCUUACAGAUGCCAUGA